UCCGCGCGGCGACGGUCCCACGGGCGCGCGCGCACAGCUAUAAAAACGCUCGAGAGGCGACACGCGAGCGUGCGGGACGGAGGAGCGCGCUCGCGGGAUGGACCGGAGCGAGCUGAGCUCGCGCCGCCGCGGCGGCGCCUUGGACCCGAGCGCGAGGCAGUGAAGGACGAACGUCAAGCGGGAAACAACAAAGAAAGUGAGAAAGUGAAGCGAGCGGCGCGCGGAGCUGUACGAUGGUCAUAAAUGGGAGUCACGUGAACGGUUCCUCGGUGCCCCAGCAGCAGCUCGCGCUGGAGCGCCCCCCGUGGGUCGCGACCACCCUGGGAUGCUUCCUGAUCUUCACCACCGUGGUGGACAUCGUGGGCAACGUGCUGGUCAUCGUGUCCGUGGGCCGGAACCGGAGGCUGCGCAACGCAGGGAACAUCUUCGUGGUGAGCCUGGCGGUGGCGGAUCUGGUGGUGGCCAUCUACCCGUACCCCCUGGUGCUCACGGCCAUCUUCCACAACGGCUGGAAACUGGGCUACAUCCACUGCCAGAUCAGCGGCUUCCUCAUGGGCCUCAGCGUCAUCGGCUCCAUCUUCAACAUCACGGCCAUCGCCGUCAACCGCUACUGCUACAUCUGCCACAGCCUGCGCUACGACAAGCUCUACAGCGACAGGAACUCGGUGUGCUGCGUGCUGCUCAUCUGGGUGCUCACAGUGGUGGCCAUCAUCCCCAACCUCUUCGUGGGCUCCCUGCAGUACGACCCGCGGGUCUACUCCUGCACCUUCGCCCAGUCGGCUAGCGCCGCCUACACCAUCGCCGUGGUCUUCUUCCAUUUCAUCCUGCCCAUCCUCAUCGUGACCUACUGCUACCUGCGCAUCUGGGUGCUCGUGAUCCAGGUGCGCCGGCGGGUCAAACCCGACAACCGGCCUCGGCUGUCGCCGCACGACGUGCGCAACUUCGUCACCAUGUUUGUGGUGUUCGUACUCUUCGCUGUCUGUUGGGCGCCGCUCAACCUGAUCGGCUUGGCGGUGGCCGUGAGCCCGGCCGCCGUGGCCACCACCAUCCCCGAGUGGCUCUUUGUCUCCAGCUACUUCAUGGCCUACUUCAACAGCUGCCUGAACGCCAUCGUCUACGGGGUGCUCAACCAGAACUUCAGGAGGGAGUACAAACGGAUAGUGGUCUCCGUGUGCACCGCCCGCAUCUUCUUCCAGGACAGCUCCAACGACGCCGCAGAGCGCAUCAAAAGCAAGCCUUCCCCUCUCAUGACCAACAACAACCAGGUCAAAGUGGACUCGGUCUGAGCCUCAGGAAGCACUGUGAACCACAUACCAAAUAGAAUUCAGUCCCGCUUCCACUUUCUGAAGCCACCUGUGAA